ACACAAAUAGGUACACAAUAUGUCAAAUAACUAACCUAAAAAAUGUUAUAAUAUAAUAGAAGAUACAUUUUUCGUAAAUAGCUUUACAGGACUUAUAUUAAAUGAUACGUAUUAACAAUCUAGUUACUACGUGUUACUGCAAGCAAGCGUUGAGUUAAAUAUAAUUGUUUCCAAAUUAUAUUACGUUUUAAAAUGCCUCAAGGUAGAAGAAAAGUACCAUUUAGCGGCAAAGCUAAAAAAUUGCAACUACAAAUGAAACGACAAGACCAAACUUCAAAAUCUUCUGCUCUACUGAAAACAACACAAAGCCAAAGCGAGGAUGAUUCAAAUUGUCAAAAAAUUGAUUUCCACGCUUCUCAAAAUAACAGAAACACAAGCAGAUAUGCGUUGAAGUUCAACAAAGAGUCUGAUGCUGAGUUAAAGAAGCAAAAAGAAUGUGGAAGAGCUGCUCUGGAAAUAAGAGAUCAUAAAGCUUUGGAAAUCGAAGAACACGAUUAUUUUAAGAACUUGGAUUUUCCUAAGAGACCGCGUUGGAACUACAAUAUGAGCUUAGAAGAGAUACAGAAAAGUGAACAGGGAUUUCAUUGUAAUUUUAAUUCUAUAUCGUUUGCUUAAAAUUGAUUUUUCAUUCCAGAAGUAUGUUACCGAGUUGGAAAAGAGCCAUGAAAAUUUAAGUUACUUUGAAUUAAACUUGGAAACUUGGCGUCAACUUUUGAGAGUGCUAGAAAUGUCUGAUAUUAUAUUAACAAUUACUGAUAUCAGAUAUCCCGUGAGUGCACAUAAAUUCAUGCAAUAAUAAACUUUGGAUUAAAUAUGUUAAUACGGUUGUAUUCUAGUCACUGAUGUUUCCUCCAUAUAUCCAUUACUACUCCCACAGAUUGAUUAACUUGGAUAAACGAUCAAUUUAUCAUAAGUUUCCGCAAAGUCAAUAGAAAAAUGUUUUUGGUUUGUCAUUUUAUCUCUUUUAUUUUAGUAUAAGUAAUAAUAAUCAAUUUUGUUAAAAAAAAACUAUUUCAAAUUAUUUCAAGAUUCAUGUUUAAUUAAAUUGUUUGCGAAUAAGCAAUAC